ACAGACAAUAAAUUAUUCAUGAAGCGACAGCAUAUUUAUUGUAACUAGCGAGAGACUAUCUAGCAAAAUGAGCUGCUGGUCAACGCUCCUUUGCAAGGCGAUAAGCCUACACGGAAACGCCAUAUCCAAUUCAUCAAAAAGAACAGAUAAAUUCUGCGCACCUUAUCUCAAUUCCCCGGCAGCGGAGGUGCCGCAAUUUUGUUGGCAAAGUGCUAUUGAUAAAAAAGCAAACAAACAAUAACUGACUGAUGCAAACAAUAAUUUCUUGGCGGAAGGUCACGCAAAUAUUGCAGGAGUGCCUCGGACUGAUAAGGGGAAUACCGUUGCUCGGGCGCUUUUGGUAAUGAAAUGGCACGGCGUGAUUUUUUUUUUUAUCAAAAAGUCAAAAUCUUUUUAGACGGCCUCGUUCCAAAAAGCAGCGAAAUUUCCACAAAAGUAGUGUAAAGGUUGGGGGAGGAGCGCGUAGCUUUCAGCGGGUACAAUAUUUUAAUAAGAAGUGGACAAUCGCGCGUGCAUAAUUAUGAUAAAACUGAGGACAUAAAUCAAGGAAGCGCCCCACACAUGCGCCAGUCCAUCUUGAGGCGAGAGUGUCGUGAACAUGCCUCGACUUUUGCCCAUUGCGGUGUUUUUCCACUUUUCUAUUCAAGCAUUGGCUAGGCCAGGCUUGGAAAUACUUCCUCCAGUGUUAGCUCCUGUGGGCGCAGAUGACGAAGAUUACGACAACGAAAUUGAAGAUUCGUUUUCUUCAUUGCAAGCAAGUCCUGCAGAUGGACUCGAAUGGAUGCUUUUGCCAGGGGCUAAUGGCGAAGUUCACUUGGCCGUUUUGUCGCCGCCUCCCGCGAUGGAUGCCGCAAUGAGAUACAUGAGACCAACAGACGUGGAAUUUUUCCUUUAUACCAGAGAGAAUGCAGACACUCCCGAAAGGGCAUAUUUUCAGAAAUCGUGCAAACCAAAUUUCAAGUACUUUAAAUCAAGCCGGCCAACAAAAAUUCUAAUUCACGGAUUUGGAGACGGCGUGAAUACAUCUCUGAUGUACCCGAUUCUCAAAGAAGCCUUCCUCACAAAGGAGGACGCGAACGUUUUCUUGGUCGAUUGGUCGCAGCUGGCGGGCACCCCUUGGUACAAAGCGGCCGUGGGCAACACGCGUUACGUGGGCCGCAGAGUUGCAUACCUCAUCGAGCACUUGGCCAAUUCGACCGGCGCGAACGUGGUCGAUUUUCACAUCGUUGGGUUCAGUCUGGGGUCGCACGUAGCUGGAAUUGCUGGAGCGAGGGUCGCUUUGCUCACUGGGCAAAAGCUAGCGAGGAUAACAGGCCUAGACCCUGCGAGCGUUUUAUACAGCGGCUCACCGUUGGACGAAAGACUAGACUCAACCGACGCUGAGUAUGUGGAAGUGGUGCACACUUCGGGUGGUUAUUUGGGCUAUUUAGACCCUAUUGGUAAGGUCGAUUUCUUUCCAAACGGCGGCUCCUGGCCUCAACCGGGUUGUUUUAUGGAUUUUGUAGCUGUUUGUAGUCACCGGAGAGCCUACUACUACUUUGCAGAAGCGCUCUUGACAGAUAAUGGUUUCAAAGCCGAAUCUUGCUCGUCUUGGCACGCCUAUGAGCUAGACAACUGCCCUGAAUCGAAUGACGUAUACAUGGGAAGCCAUGCGCUUCCUGAUAAUUCCGAUAGUUUAAGUGGCAAUUACUUCAUGAGAACAAAUUCAGAAGAGCCGUACAACGCGGAACUAUAAGGAAUCCUAAAAGCCACGCAAAACCAAAGUUGUGAAAUCCAAGACGCUUGGAUCAAAACCUACAAUUAAGUUUUUUAAGCUCACGUCAAACCUUUUCUGUUCCUUAAUCCAUUUCUAGGUAAUCUCAAAAAACACUACUUGCUGAUAUUUUCAAUACAAUGAAAGGCGUACAAAGUCUAUAGCAUAAAUAUUUCAUAAAAUGCUGUUUUACCAGUUUGAAAUGGUUGUAAAAAAUUUAAGAAAUUUAAAAAAAUAUGAAUGUAUUUGUAAGCUAAUAAAUCUGGUCACAUAAAAACAAAUCAAGUUUUUACUUCUU